AUGUGCCCUGAAGGAAAAAAAUUAUAUUCUAGUAGCGAAAAUAAAAAAUUUUCGUUUGGGAUUAUACAAAAAAGUACAUAAAUCAAGAAAUUGCAUGGCCAUUCAGAAAUUAUUAAAUAUCUCUCUAUAUCAUCAAACGGAGACUAUAUAGCAAUCCUGUACGAUUUGGGAUUGUAAAAAAAACAAAAACUUGAACAAAUUAAACAAUCAAAGACCAUCAAGGAUCUGUCAAUUCCUUAUAUAUCUCAUUAGAUUAGGCAAUUCUAGCAUCGGCAAGCAGAGAUAAAUCAAUUUCGCUGAUUUCAGACUAUUAGAAAAAACUAAAAAGCGUUGUCUUAAGCUCAAAUAAAAGAAAUGUAAGUAGUUGUUUUCCCAAAGUCUAUUAUGUUAGCAACAAGGUGUUCUGAUUUUACUGUAAUAAUAUGGAAUAUUGGAGAAAAUCUUCCCAAAAUAAUAAGAGUGGUUCAUAAACUUCCUUAACCAAUUACAUGUAUAGCUCUUUCAAGUGAUGGAACAUUUUUGA